AUGGAUCUGAUGCAAUUGGCAUUAAGGGUACGUCACGGCUCUGCUUCAGUUGACAUUGAUAGCCAUAAAUCUGAUGCUAUUAAGUUUGAUAAAGACUUGGUUGGUGAUGAAAAGGACAUUGAAAUAGCUGCCAGUGAUGAGAAACCUCUGCCGGGACGACGAGAUGCAAAGAAAGAAGCAAAACCUGGUCCAGUACCGUGUGGUUUUAGAAAACGGACAGCACCAGAUGCCCAAAUUGCGAAAAGCAGCCCUUUCCUGUCUGGUGAUAUGCACAGGGAAAGGAAGUUUGAUACUCCAUUUGAGAGAGACUUCGCUCCCAGAUUUCCAGCACAACGGCGGUCAUCAUCUCCCCGCGCGCCGUCGAUUUCUAGGAACAACCAGCCCACAACCAUCAGAUCUGAUCGUAUCAAAGAAGAACAUCUGAUGUCUAACUUAGAGCUAUCUGAUGAUUCUGUUGCCGUGGGAAACUACACCAACGAGUUUGGAGAUCGUAGUGAUGCCGAGAACCGUGGAAUAUUGUUCACUGAUCAAAUUCCCGGCCUGCACCAAUCGAAUCAGUUAGCUGAUGGAGAUGGAGCAAAAACGUCCCCCCCGAGGACAUCUAUCGAUGGUGUACCCUCGAGCAUCUUGAAUGUUUCUUCCAAAAAACCGAGGAAAAGAAAAUUUGGCACCAGCGAUUGUGGAAAACAGGAGAAAAUGAAGAUAGACAACAAAGUUAAAUCUGACGAGUUUGGAUGUAAGCGUAUGAAGAAUGAAAACACCUCCAUGGAGGCUGAGAAUGAAUUGAUGAUGGACAAAUGUGCUCGGCUGAUAAAGGAUCUCAAUCGUAGAAGGCAAACUGUGGAGUUCUUGAAGGACAAAUGCAAUCAAGAGACUGCUGAGAUUGCAGAGCUUUCCAUGAUACUGAUAAAUAAUGGUAAUGAAAACUGGAUUCAGUUUCGAGAAAGACUCGAGCAAUUGGUGUCAAGCCGCGCACAACUGCGGGCAGGAAUUGCUGAUCAGCUAAAGGAAUAGAGAAGAGUGUUCCACUUCAGUCUUGCAGGCGAUCCAUCCAGUCAUGUUUAGGUAUCGAAGGACGAGGGAGUGGUUGGUUUGGUUUGGUUUGCUUAUGUUUGUAGCAUUUUCUAUCUUGACUAUAUAUGUCGAACUUGUGUGUAGCGUUUUGUAUGCCGACUAUUUCGAACUCAAUUCUGUGUGUUUAAAGUUGUGUGUAAAAUUUU